AUGGCGUCGUGGCAGAUUUCCGUUCUCGCCCUCUGCACGCUCGCGUCACUGCUGGCGCCGGCUGCGGCGCGGCCCACCAAGGAGGAAUUCAUAGACGAAUUGAAGAAGACCCGCGACGCGCUUGCGGAUUCCAAGCUGAACAACCGAUAUUACGCCACCCACACGCUUCUUGACCACGUCAUCCCUCAACUGGCGACCGACUGGAACCCAAACGAAGAUUUUCUCAACAAAGUCGACCACAAAACUUUCAUGCUGCCCGAGGACAACGCCAUUGCCUCUUCAGCGCCGGACGCGCUCGCGAUGAUGGUGAAAACCGGCAUGAAGCGCGGCGACGUCGACCCCUUCACGAAGCUCUUUCGCGCGCAGAUGCUCGACGGCGUGUAUGAAGAGGACGACCUCGCGAAGGCGUCGAAGCUGACAGACGUGAAUGGCCGCAGCGUGGGGAAGGAUGAGAUUGUGGACGAGAAGACUAAGGUGAAAAAAGUGCGGAUUGGAAAGGGCAAGGCUAAGAUCAAGAAUUCUGGGAUUUUCAGGGGAAGGUUUCUUACCAUCCAUGGCGUCGACGCGUCGCAGCCGGAAGAGUAA